AUGUCGGGAGCGGGAGAUUCUGGUGGUGGUGGUUGGGGCAAAGUGGUGACACACCUUGAUGCGGCGGCGUCGUGCUAUCUGUCUUCUCCCGGCGUCACACCUCUAGAGGUGUACCUGACGAAGGUUGAAGAUGCCGCUAUUUCUUUGGCGCAAGAAUUUGGGGCUCUGGUUUCGUCCUAUGAGGAGCAUGCGUCUCGGGCUGGGCGGGCAACGCUGGAGUGCAGCACCGCUCUUCUUCAAGGCACUGUCUUCCUUGAAGAACAGUUGCGUGAGGCGAUGGCUUUGGCCAACGGUGUAGUGGAGGGGAUGACAGGCAUUGCAGCUGCUGUAAAGGGCAUGGAGGAUCUCUUGAGCGAAGCACGAAAAGUUGCUCAAGAUGUAUCACUGGUCGAGGACGCGAUAAAGGCGGCGGAAGCUGCGAAGGGCAGGGAUGCUAAUAGUUGA